GUUACUUCCUGUGUGAGAGGUCAAAUCCGUCCCUUUUUGUUUUUCUGAAGCUGUUUUCUUACUUUGGUUUACUAAAAAAUCGCUAAAACUGUCAGAAUUGAUAAAUUAAUUAGUAUCUAGUAUGUCGUCUGAUAAAAUAAUUGGCCCAGCUUUGCCACCCACGUUCCGAAAGGAGAGCCCCGAAGACUCCGAUGAUGAAGAAGGCUUUGCUGGUCCUGCUUUGCCUCCCGGUUAUAAACGGGGGGGACCCUCGAGCUCCUCAGAUGAGAGUGAACCGGAGGUGACGGUCAAAAGAGCCAAGACAGGACAUUCACCUGGAGAUGGACAUCACGCUGAGGCGAACAAAGAUGAUGAUGAUGAUGGUUUCUUUGGACCAGCCUUGCCACCAGGAUUUAAGAAACAACAGAGUUCACCAGAGAGACCACCUGUUCUGGGACCGGCUCUGCCUCCUGGAUUUCGCAGAGCAGCGUAUGAAAACGAUGAUGACGAUGGUGAAGAUGGAGAGGAUUUCCCAGGGCCUGCCCUCCCCCCGGGCUACCAGGCCGAGUCUUCCAGCAGCGAGGGAGAGGACGAGGACGUGAUUGGACCCAUGCCGGCCAAAGGGCCUAUUCAGGACUCUGUGACUGACGACAUUGAGCGCAGAGCACGGAAGAUGAAAGAGAAACUGACAACAGAUGACACUCCAGAGGUGCUGGCCAGAGAAACGUGGAUGAUGGAGCUCCCACCAGUACUGCAGCACAUUGGCUUAGGGGCUCGAACUUUUAAGAAGAGAUCAGGUCCAGAGAAGAAGGAUCGCUCAAUUUGGACAGACACACCAGCAGACAGGGAGCGCAAGGCCAGGGAACGCCUUGAGGGAAAGGGGAAGGAAGAGGCUGAGAAAGACAGCGCUCCACAAGUUCCCCGGAAAGACUUGGAAAUGGCAGAGAAAGUGUCCAAGUAUAAUGAGACUAAACGUGCCGAGUCUCUGAUGAGUUUGCACACAAAGACGAUUAAGGAGAAGGCAAAGGAGAAAGCUGACAUGCCAGUGGAGAGGAGACCAUUCGAUCGCGAUGCAGACCUGCAGGUGAACCGCUUCGAUGAAGCACAGAAGCAGCGGCUGCUGAAGAAGUCUCAAGAGCUGAACACGCGGUUCUCGCACAGCAAGGACCGGAUGUUCCUGUAGCAUAUUCUCAAACCGUAAUCAAAGUAUUUGGAAGUGCAGACCACCACUUCUAUGUGGGGAAAAGAUGCUCCUCCAUGGUUUGUAGUAUAUGAAUAUUUUUUCACUCGUGUACAGUACACCGGGUUAUCUUUCCAGACUGGAUGAUGUUUCUGUGGCUACCAUCCAGAUCACCAACCCAAGAUCUGUUAGAUUUAAAUUUAUGUCGAUAGUGUUACAGCCACAUUGAAACUGAUGUAAUGAAAUUAUUUUUAUUCAAUAUGCUGAAAUAAUUCAGGGAAAACACUUGGCUAGUUUUGUUAGUCCCACAUCACAGUUACAAUGUGUAAAUAAAUGAAUGGCAGUUGUGUAAUGCUGACUGGUUCAAUGCUGCACCUUUCCAUCUCUUUUAUUUUUAUUUUUUUCAUUAUAAGAUAAUUUUGCCAAUAUUUGACAGUCAGAGUGUCGACUGUGGUUCUUGAUUUAGCUAUAUGGUAUACUUUUGUAUGUUUGCAUUUACUGAGUAAAACCUUUGUUCUUUUCUUAAACCUGACUGCUCCUUAUCCGACUAUCAAUCAAUUACAUAAAACUGUGUGCUCCAGUAAAACCUUUUAAAAACA